GUGUUUCUAUGGGGCUAACAGGCAUGUUAAAACUGCACCGCAGCUGUCAGUGGCCAAAUGGCCCACACAAAUCGAUUUUCAAGUUUGGGCUUGAAAUAACGUCACAUUGUGUCCAGUUUCCAGAGAGUUCCAGACAUGGGCAGGCCAGACUCCAGAGUAAUAACAGACCAUAUUCAGUCAAACAGUCCCAAGUCCAGCAGUUUGUGACGAACUGGGUCACCAUCAGCAACAGUUCAUUGAAUUAGGAGUGUAUUUAUAAAUGAAAUAAUACAACAUACUCCAAGUUAAACUUUCUGCCGUCGAAGAACCUAGAACUUUGAAUUUAACAUUGAUUUCCUAACAUUAAAUCAUCGUAAAACAAAUGUCAGCAAUGUCCUAGAUUCGUGAAAAACGCAUUGCAUGGCCUUCAGUUGUUAUUUCAACAAAGUUGUUGUUAUGUUUGAUGUCAUUGCAGUUGAUUUGAAUGCUCGCUCAUGCCUGGUCGUGUGAACAUGACUAACUGACAUGUGCACUGAGCUAAAGGGCGCAAUGGUGGAGUAUUAUGAUGUUCUGGGUGUGUCACGAAAUGCUUCUCCAGAUGACAUCAAGAAAGCUUACAGGAAACUGGCUCUGCUGUGGCACCCUGACAAGAACCCAGACAACAAGGAGGAGGCGGAGAGAAAAUUUAAGGAGAUAGCAGAGGCCUAUGAAGUUCUUUCAGACAAAGGCAAACGGGAAGCUUAUGACAGAUACGGUAGAUCGGACCUGCCAAGCUCAGGCUUUGGAAGCUCCUCAUUUCAUGACGACUUACCAGGAUUCACCUUCACAUUCCGCAGCCCAGAUGAGGUAUUUCGAGACUUCUUCGGAGGGCGGGACCCAUUCGCUGACUUCUUUGAUGAGUUACCAUUUGGCGGAAUGCACAGUGGGUUUCACAGCUCCUCCAGGCUUGGGCCCAGUCACUUCUUCUCAUUUCCCUCAGCAAAUGUUGACUUCAACUCCUUCUCUUCUUCAAUUGGAGGGAUGGGCAGCAUGGGAGGGGCAAACUUCAAGUCUGUUUCUACUUCCACUCGUAUUGUCAACGGAAAACGGAUCACCACAAAAAAGGUCACAGAAAAUGGACAGGAGAGAACAGAGGUUGAGGAGGACGGGGUUCUGAAAUCUAUCCUAAUCAAUGGUGUGGAGGAUGAGAUGGCCUUAGCUUUAGAACUGAGACAUAGAGAGCAGCCGGGUCAGCCUUCCAGACAGCCACUGCUCCGGCCCCCCAACAACAGCUCUCCAAACCCUGCCCUGCGCUCCUUCAGUGCUGCCCCUUUGUAUAAAUGUCCUGAUGCCAGCGAAGAUGAGGAUGACGAAGACCUGCAGAUUGCACUGGCCUACAGCUUGUCGGAGAUGGAGGCCCAGGAGUGGGCAAAGGACAUGAUCUCUGGUGCUGGGGGAGGGAAGGUGAAGCAAACAAGGGGUGAUGGUAGUGGUGAAUGUGGGAAUGGCAGGCGUGCCACUGAGGAAAUCAAAUCUGAGAGGGCUGGGACAGAUGAUUCAGCACCCAGCACCCCCUGUUCUCCAGAGGAUAGAGUAGCAGAUAAGGGACAGGCUAGGGGUUCCAAACAUUUGCAUCCAGAGAGUGUUGUUCUGAAGGAGAGUGAAAAAACAGUGGCCAAUGGGAAUAAUAUGAUCAAAAAGAAGAGAAAGUGUCAUUGCGUGGUCUGUUAGUAAGCGUGCGUGGAAUAAUCUUGCUUGUUGAACUUGUGUGAUGUUAGCAGUGUGUUAGCCCUACGUUCAUCUGGUGUGUUUUUGAUACUUCCUGAAGUGUUGGACUGUGCCUUGACUUAUAGCUCUCUGUUUCUUGUGUCAAGGCUCAUGGCAUUGUGCAAGGAUGAUUGUGCUGAUUUUGUAUAUUCUUUCCUUGAGAUAUAAAUAACAUAUGCCAAAAUGUGUUUAUUCACCACAAUCUGCUUAAUACACUGACUACAGGUAAAGCUGGUGCCACACUAGCAAACUCAAAACUCACUGCAAUUCCCUUUCACAUGGAGCUCGCCGAAAUAACAACAGGAGUGUUGUGGCUCUGCCUUCUGAUGGAUAAAAAGGCAGGAAAACACUUUGUGAAAGAAUCACUAUGAAUUACUCUAGCGUUUGUGAUAAUAUACUUCUGAGUGUGAUAAAACUCAGCUUCACAUCUUGUCAGUUCUUCAGUAAAAGAAACAUAUUGUUCACUUGAUGAGAAUGCAAGAGCCCGACUCGGCAACAAAUCCAUAUUUUCAAGCAAGCUUGAUGUGCCUUUUCAGUUUUUGAAACCAUUAAUUCAGAGGGAGUCCCAUCAGUCAAGUGAUUAAAUGUACAUUCGCGUCUCUCAGCGGUAUGUCAUUAGUCUCCCUCCGCUUGACUGGCUGAAAAUCACUGGAAAAAUCAGCUAGUAUGGCACUGGCUUAAUACGCAAUAAAUGUUGAAAAAUUAAAGGGUAAGCAGUUUUUUUUUUUUAAGAAGGAUGAAGCUGCAAGCCGUGCUCCAAAUAGGGUUGGGAUUUCCAAACCCACAGCAAAGACCUACAGAGCCCCAAAUCUGUCCCUUUCCCUAACUCUAUCCGUGUGUCGCCCCCUUUUGGAGUUGGACCAACCCCCUUCUGGAGUUACCCCGCCCUCUUUUGGAGAUUAAUUCUGUCCCCAUUUGGAGAUCUUUGGGCUGCAGCUAUACCUGCUUGAUUUUGUUUUUAGAACCAUGCAAAAAAAAGCAAUAUUAGCUCAUAUCAAUAUUAGCAAAUAAAAAAAAAACGCCAGCUAUACGGUAGUGUCAGAAAUGCUCUCUGCCUAUGAAUCGUUUUUCUCAGUCAGGCAAAUAAAAGACUGAAUGCACCUUUUGAAGUUAGCAAAAUAGUUGCAGGUAGCAAAACAGCUGAAAUUGCUUAAAGCACCUUUAAAUGAAGUAUUAAAUAUGAAAUGUUGCCAUUUUUUUAUUACCACUAAAUUGAAAUAUAUAAAAUUGCAGCAGAGCAAGUUAGAGUUUUUCAGUUGUUUCAAGUGCCUCAUUCCUGGUUGUAUUUUUUUGAGAUGAAGAUUUUUUAUUUUUUUUUUUUUUUAAAAGAAAUCACACCAAUUUUCAUUUUCCCCUGAUUAAUUUGAAAAUAGUUAUAAAAUUUCAAACUCUGGGAACUUUUAAAAGAUUGUAGAUCCCUAUUUUUUUUUUUUCAAUUCAUUACAAUGUGCCAAAUAACUGAUUGACAAUGACCCUCAUUUCUAGUUCAAUAUUGAUAAUGAUUUGUGCCUUUUUUGUUAAGAUUAAAAUGCAUGGCUGUGGUUGCCAUAUUUCAUGUGUCAGCUCAUGUACAUGUUGGCCAAAAAAGCACAUUUUAAUUAUUGUUGAUUGCCUGUGUAGUUUCUUUCAUAAUAGCCAGCAGGUGUGUGAUCUGAAAUGAACUAUCAAAACUUCAAUAAAUCAACAUUUGUUCUGCUUAAAAAACACUAGACAAAGGACAAAACGUUAGAAUGUUCUGCCAUGUGAAUGUUUAUGAAACAAGUUAUUUUGUGUAAUUAUAUAAACUGUAAAGCAAAACCAAUUUAUUUACAAACAUCUUUACUCUCUUUGAAAAUGUUAAUUGAGACAGCAUGUCUCAAUUCAGAAGUAUCCUAAUUCGGGGGGGGAUUCAGUUCUUUGCUCAGAAAGUGAUAUUUAAAUGACUAUAUUGUUAAUAAAUGCUGUUUUAAUCAUUGGCAACCUGAAGUUGUUGACACUAAUGUAAGAAACAAUGAAUUCUAAUAAAUCAGUUAU